AUGUCUGAAGUAAACCUCGACUGGGUCAAUGACCGCCAGCGACAGCGCCUAGAAGAAAUGCUGAUAGUUGUUGAUGAGGACGACAAGGUUAUUGGCUCAGACACCAAGAGGAACUGCCACCUGAACGAGAACAUUGAGAAAGGGCUGCUGCACCGAGCCUUCAGUGUCGUCCUGUUCAACACGGAGAACAAGGUCCUGAUACAGCAGCGAGUGGACACUAAGGUCACCUUUCCUGGAUAUUUCACCGACUCCUGUUGCAGCCACCCCCUGUACGAGCCCGCAGAGCUGGAGGAGAAGGACGCGGUCGGGGUGCGCAGGGCGGCCCGCAGGCGGCUGCUGGUGGAGCUGGGCAUUCCCCCGGAGCAGAUCUCUGAGGAGGACAUUGUGUUCAUGACAAUCUAUCAUCACAAGGCAAAAUCAGACCGAAUUUGGGGCGAACACGAGAUCUGCUACCUGCUGCUGGUGCGGAAGGACGUCCGCGUGGCUCCGGACCCCAGCGAGACCCGCAGCGUCCGAUACCUGGGGCCGGACGAGCUGCGCGAGCUGCUGGAGCGCGGGGCGCGCGGCGAGGUGCGGGUCACCCCCUGGCUGAGGACCAUCGCGGAGAGGUUCCUGUACAAGUGGUGGCCGCACCUGGACGACGUGGCCCGGCUCGCGGACCGCCACACAAUCCACAGGGUGUGA